GUGAUUUUACAAGCGAUUAUUUUGUCUGUGUUGAACUGUUGACUUCACAUAUUGCUAGCUAGCUUGCUGUACUGAAAACAUCGAAUAUUAUGUCCGGGUAGACAUUUGUCACAGUAAUGUCAUUAACAAAACGGGCAGAUAAAAUUUGAAAUCCCACGAGUGCUGGCAACGGCGAAAUUGAGUUACUUAUUGUGAGCUCAUGUGAUCGGCGUCGCCUUGCCAGGUUUUAGUCGGUGCAGAAGGGGUACUUUUCGGCUGUUCGGAGGCCUCCCUGUCUCCGUCCAUCGGAAAGACGAAUUUCGUUUCGGCCUGGUGAUCGUUUAUUUUCCAGUGUGUCAUAUCGCCUAUAUUUCCGAAGAUGGAUACAGACAAGUUUAACUAUGUCUAUAGCUGUGACAUGGACAUAAAUGUACAGUUAAAAAUCGGUAGUUUGGAGGGAAAGCGAGAACAGAAGAGCUACAAGGCCCUGCUCCAGGACCCCAUGCUGCGUUUCUCCGGCUUGUACCAGGAGAGCUGUUCCGACCUGUAUGUCACGUGCCAGGUUUUUGCAGAAGGCAAGCCGCUGGCCCUGCCCGUGCGCACGUCAUACAAGGCCUUUAGCACGCGCUGGAACUGGAACGAGUGGUUACGACUCCCAGUGAAGUACCCCGACCUACCACAGAGCGCACAGGUCGCCUUAACCGUUUGGGAUGUGUACGGACCGGGUCAGGCCACGCCUGUGGGUGGAACCACCGUCACCUUGUUCGGCAAAUACGGCAUGUUUCGUCAGGGAAUGCAUGACCUGAAGGUGUGGCCGGGGGUGGAGGGGGAUGGGGGAGAGCCCACCACUACGCCAGGCCGAACCAGCAGCAGCCUGGCAGAGGACCAGAUGGGCAGACUGGCCAAGCUGACUAAGGCACAUCGGCAGGGUCACAUGGUGAAGGUUGACUGGCUGGACCGUCUGACCUUCCGCGAGAUCGAGAUGAUCAACGAGAGUGAGAAGCGUAGCUCCAACUUCAUGUACCUAAUGGUGGAGUUUCCCCGAGUCAAAACGGGAGACAAGGAGUACAGCAUCGUCUACUACGAGAAGGAUGGAGAUGAGUCCUCUCCCCUGCUCACUAGCUGUGAAAUCGUCAAAGUGCCUGACCCACAGAUGUGCAUGGAGAACUUGGUGGAGAGUAAGCAUCACAAGCUGGCCCGUAGCCUGCGCAGCGGGCCCUCUGACCACGACCUCAAACCCAACGCAACUACGCGAGACCAGCUCAAUAUCAUCGUGAGUUAUCCACCUACCAAGCAGCUUAGCUCAGAGGAGCAGGACCUGGUGUGGAAGUUCCGUUACUACCUGACAACACAGGAGAAGGCCCUGACUAAGUUUCUGAAGUGUGUGAACUGGGCGAUGCCUCAGGAGGCCAAACAGGCGCUGGAGCUGCUGGGGAAGUGGAGGCCGAUGGAUGUGGAGGAUUCCCUGGAGCUGCUGUCCUCCCAGUUCACCAACCCCACCGUCCGGCGGUACGCCGUGGCCAGGCUGCAGCAGGCCGACGACGAGGACCUGCUGAUGUACCUGCUGCAGCUGGUCCAGGCUCUGAAGUACGAGAACUUCAACGACAUCCAGGGAGGGCUGGAGCCCGGGAGCAAGAGGGACAGCCAAGGAGGCCUGGGGGAGAGCACUGUUCUGGGGGAUAUAGAGAGCUCUCAGUCACUGGCAGGCCCAGUAGCGCCACCCAGUGCUCCAAAAGGAAAAGACGCCACCGACAACGACAGCCUGGAGCAGGACCUGUGCACCUUCCUCAUCUCACGCGCCUGCAAGAACUCCACACUGGCCAACUACCUGUACUGGUAUGUGAUAGUGGAAUGUGAAGACCAGGACACUCAGCAGAGAGACCCAAAGACUCAUGACAUGUACCUGAAUGUGAUGAGGAGGUUCAGCCAGGCUCUGCUCAAGGGUGAUAAGAGUGUGAGGGUCAUGCGCUCUCUCCUUGCUGCUCAGCAGACGUUUGUAGACAGGCUGGUGCAGCUGAUGAAGGCUGUGCAGAGAGAGAGUGGGAACCGCAAGAAGAAGACGGAGCGGCUGCAGGCGCUGCUGGCCGACAAUGAGAAGGUGAACCUGUCGGAGAUCGAGCCCAUCCCCCUGCCCCUGGAGCCCCAGGUCCGCAUCCGCGGCAUCGUCCCAGACACCGCCACACUCUUCAAGAGUGCUCUCAUGCCUGCCAAACUGAUCUUCAAAGCAGAAGAUGGAGGACUGUAUCCAGUCAUAUUCAAGCAUGGAGACGACCUGAGACAGGACCAGCUCAUUCUGCAGAUCAUCUCACUCAUGGACAAGCUUCUGAGAAAGGAGAACCUGGACCUGAAGCUGACUCCAUAUAAAGUUCUGGCCACCAGCACCAAGCACGGGUUCAUGCAGUUUAUCCAGUCAGUUCCUGUAGCUGAGGUUCUGGCCACAGAGGGAAAUAUCCAGAGCUUCUUCAGGAAACACGCCCCCAGUGACAAGGGGCCCUAUGGCAUCAGCUCUGAGGUGAUGGACACCUAUGUCAAGAGUUGUGCUGGAUACUGUGUCAUUACCUACAUUCUGGGAGUGGGGGACCGGCACCUGGACAACCUGCUGCUCACAAAGACCGGAAAGCUGUUCCAUGUUGACUUUGGGUACAUUCUGGGGCGGGACCCCAAGCCCCUUCCGCCCCCUAUGAAGCUGAGUAAGGAGAUGGUGGAGGGCAUGGGGGGCAUGCAGAGUGAACAGUACCAGGAGUUCCGCAAGCAGUGCUACACCGCCUUCUUGCACCUGCGCAGGUACGCCAACCUCAUCCUGAACCUCUUCUCUCUCAUGGUGGAUGCCAAUAUUCCAGACAUUGCCCUAGAGCCUGACAAGACUGUAAAAAAGGUGCAGGACAAGUUCCGGCUGGAUCUGUCGGACGAGGAGGCGGUACACUACAUGCAGAGUCUGAUUGAUGAGAGCGUUGGGGCAUUGUUUGCUGCUGUGGUGGAGCAAAUACAUAAAUUUGCUCAGUACUGGCGCAGAUGAGGAGGCCAUGUUGGAAAAUGGUGGACUGAAGUGACGGACCGAGGGCUGUAGCCGACUGACAGAAACCCCUCCCCCCUUUCCUCCAAACUCUGAGGGUAGAGGGGAGGGGAGGGGAGGGGGGCAUGAGGAAGGAGCCACAGAGCUGGACUCACGAGUCACGAUACCGUUCACCUGCUGCCAAAGGUGGAGGUCGCAACUGCAAGCGUGGCAGACGCUCUCAAAGGACUCCAGCGCAAGGCUUUUCACCUUUCAGUGUAUUUAUACCUGCUUUUGCCCAGAACAUGAGACUGACACCCCCACUGUACCCAUCACGGCCAAAUAAAGAGGAGGCUGAAAACGUGGUCUGUGUGGGCCUCCUCGGGUUAACGUCACAGGGGUCCGUUUCGGGGAAAAACCCCAGCAGGGGUGCAAUGAACACUGAGCUGCGGAUCAGUAAAGUCACCAGAAUCACCAAACUCUCUACUGGCAAGAGAACGGGCCCAAAAACAUUCCUCGUUGAAUUUUUUACCCAUCACAAGGAGGCAGGGUUGGAGGCAGUACCGUUUCAAAUCAGCCAGUUCAGGAAAUGAAUUGAAACUUGGUACAUGAAUUGGACAAAAUGCCCAUAAUGACUGGGGAUAUUUCAGUUAAUUAAUUGUAUUCAAGUUGAUUAUCCAAACUGAGGGAAUUUAAAUAAUAUUGAUCCCAGUUCCACAAUGAAAGAGGGGUAAAUUUAGCCAGUUCUGCUUUCGAGGAUUAUAGGCUCGCUAGCAAAGCCAAUUACUUGUUUUCAAAUGUUUUGGAAACCAGUUAGUGGGUGUCUGCAUUUUAACAUGACUUGCUUUCAGCAUUUUUUUUGUACGCAAAAGGAAAACAUUUUGAUAAAUGUUUGUUGAGUUUAUUGUAAUAUAAUAAUAGUUCUAUAGAGUUGCACUUUUCAAACUUUAGCAUUUCCUUUAUUUUCCUUUCCUGUUAAAUUUUCUGCCGCACUCACUGGCGAUAAAACGUACGCUUGCAGGAUUAUCUGAUUUUAACCAUUGCUGAAAUUUGAAGGUCUCGUUUGUGCGCGUGUGUGUUUUCACAUGUGCUUUUUCAGUACGCACGCUUAGCCUAGUGCCAGUGAAUGGAAAAACACCGCAGCCCUCACUGAGCCCUGCCCGGCGGUUGGAUCGGAGGCUUGUUACUCUUUCCGGAGAGCACGAGAGAAGCCUCCUCUGACAUUUCCUGUCACAUUUCAACCCACCAGCGUGUGUGUGCGUCCAUGUGUGCAUGUGUGUGCGUGCAUGUAACUGCAUAUAUACCUACCAAUAAAUAUAUAUUUAUAUGUACGUGUAUAAAUAUAUAUGUGCAAAUAAAGGUGGAGGUGUGAUGGUGACAGUU